CUACAAUCCUUCAAGGUCUCUUCACCAUGGUGUGGUAGAAUAUAUAUAUAGCAAGAGACAUCACUGCCAUCACCUGCAAAGUUUCUUGCUAUAAUAGUUUCUUCACCUACUUUUCUUCCUUGUUACUUUUGCAAACUACAUUACGCAAAAAUGGCCGUAUCUCGGUCGUGUUGUCUGCUUGCACUGCUACUUUUUGUGUCAGCUAUUGAAUCAGAAAGCAGAGCGGUAAGGAAGGACUUGGGUCUUGACCUUGGUGGGUUGGGGGUUGGACUUGGAGUAGGGUUGGGCCUGGGAAUAGGAGGUGGUAGUGGCUCUGGAGCUGGAGCUGGAGCAGGCUCCGGUUCUGGCUCCGGUUCCAGUUCUAGCUCUGCCUCAAGUUCGGCAUCUUCAUCUUCCAGUUCUGGCUCUGGUGGCUCCGGAGCUGGCUCAGAAGCUGGUUCUUAUGCAGGCUCUCGGGCUGGAUCAGGAUCUGGUGGAAGGGGAGGUGGUGGCGGCGGAGGCGGUGGGGGAGGUGGCGGCGGUGGCGGCGGCUCAGGCUACGGUCAUGGUGAGGGUUAUGGCCAUGGGGAGGGUCACGGGCAAGGAGGUGGUGAUUAAGGAAUUAGUGGUUUACUGAAAUGAAAGAAGAUGGUGCUAAGUGUUUUUAGUUUGUGUAAUAAAUAAGUAGUGUGUGAUCUCUACGUAGUUUGUACCAAUAUGGUAAGCAUGCAUGUAUACCUAAGGUUGUCGACACCAUCCUCCUAUGUGUUUUAAAUAAAAAGUGAAUUAAUUUCAGUUUGAAAUUGUUUUGUUA